AUGCUGAACCAACAGGAUGGUCUUGAAUGGCCAAGAAGACAAGAAUUCGGGGCGAGGACAACCGAAAGUCCUUCACUGGUGAACUUCCUACCUGGUCAGAUAGGGUUGAGGCAGCCACUGAUGGAUGAUAGCAUGAAUGAAGCAGCACGAGCAAAGACGGUCUUAGCUGUAAAACAUCAGACUAACCAAAAUGAUGCUAUUUCUGGCGGUAAUGAUGGAAUAUUCGGAAAAACGAGUGGAAAGGACCAGGGAUUGGAAAAAGAGAUUGAUAUAAACGGAAUGAAGAUGAAGGUCAGGGUAAAUAGCAGAGGGGAGAUAGAGGUAGCAGUUAACGGACAGGAAAGAGGAAGUGAAAUAUUCAACCACCUUAUGACGGAAGCAAUGAAUAUGAAAAAUUCAAUAGCUCGCAGUGAACGCCAGGGUGAGUGGUUGAGAAGGCAUGCGUGCAUUUCAUCAAUUAUUCUUUUGUGGACAGAAAUGAAUGAAAAUUUAAAUAGGAAAAAGGUGAUCUAA